CACCCUCUUUACUUUUUCAUUUAACACAAUUUUCCAAACUUGGCUUUGCCGCCUUCGGUUAUCGCCGUUGGCUUUCAUCGGAGGGAACCCACGGAAAAUCCUUGUUCUCCACUCCAUGUGAUUCAAUAUCACAUAACACGCCACCGUUUUUGGUUCCUCCGGUGAUAGCCAACGCCUUUCGUCCGGCCCGGCCCCAUCUUCACCGCCUUGUCUGAGAUUCCGUGCUUCUACGAUCUUCUGUCCUCCAUUUCUUUUAUAUAUAUAAAUAUAUAUGUAUAUAAAUAUUUAAAACCCUGGUUUUGGAGCUUCAACUUCAAUGGUGGAAGAUAAGUCAGACUCGGUUGUUUACCUCCAUGGCGACCUUGAUUUGAAAAUCAUCGAGGCGCGGUGCUUGCCGAAUAUGGAUUUGGUCUCGGAGCGUCUUCGCCGCUUCUUCGCAGCCUUUAAGACCUGCCAUUCUCCGUUUUCAAGCCACCACAAGCAUAAGGUUCACCGGAAUAUAAUCACCAGCGAUCCCUACGUCACCGUCUGCCUCGCCGGAGCAAGAGUGGCUCGCACUCGCGUCAUCUCCAACUCCCAGAACCCCAAAUGGAACGAGCGCUUCAAGAUUCCUCUGGCCCACCCGGUCUCCCACGUCGAGUUCUACGUUAAAGACAACGACAUGUUUGGAGCCGAUUUGAUCGGAGUUGCAUCGGUCUCUGCUCAGAAAAUCUUAACGGGCGAAGCGAUUAGCGAUUGGUUCCCGGUGAUCGGCUCAUUCGGGAAACCGCCGAAGCCCGACUCCGCCAUUAAAAUCGAGAUGAGAUUUACGAAAUGUGACGACAACCCCAUGUAUCGCUACGGCAUAUCGUCCGAUCCAGACAAUUACGGAAUCCGAAAUUGCUACUUUCCAGUCCGGCAAGGAGGGUCGGUGACGCUGUAUCAGGAUGCCCAUGUUCCGGAUUCGAUGUUUGAUCCAAUUGAAUUGGAUGAUGGGGUUUUGUUUCAGCAGAAGAAGUGUUGGGAGGACAUUUGUCACGCCAUUUUAGAAGCUCAUCACAUGGUUUACAUUGCUGGUUGGUCAAUCUAUCACAAGGUGAAGCUGGUUCGAGAGCCGACAAAGCCAUUGCCCAGUGGUGGGAAUUUGAAUUUGGGGGAGUUGCUCAAGUAUAAGUCUCAAGAAGGAGUACGAGUUCUUCUUCUUGUUUGGGAUGAUAAGACUUCACAUAGUAGAUUUUUUCUCAAUACGACUGGAGUUAUGCAAACUCAUGAUGAAGAAACCCGCAAGUUUUUCAAGCACUCGUCUGUUACAUGUGUGCUGUCGCCUAGAUAUGCCAGCAGUAAGCUUAGCAUUUUCAAGCAACAGGUCGUUGGAACCCUCUUUACACAUCAUCAGAAAUGUGUAAUUGUGGAUUCACAAGCACCAGGGAAUUACCGGAAGGUAACUGCCUUUAUAGGAGGUCUAGACCUUUGUGAUGGCCGCUAUGACACACCUGAGCAUCGACUAUUUCGUGAUCUUGACACUCAUGUAUUUCAGGAUGAUUAUCACAAUCCAACUUUUUCUGCUGGAACUAAGGGUCCAAGGCAACCAUGGCAUGAUUUACAUUGCAAAAUCGAAGGUCCUGCAGCAUAUGAUGUUCUUAAAAAUUUCGAGCAGCGUUGGAGAAAAGCUUCAAAAUGGUCAAAAUUGGGGCAACAUUUUAAGAGGGUUUCUUAUUGGCAUGAUGAUGCUUUGAUAAAGUUGGAUCGCAUAUCUUGGAUUCUUAGUCCUUCUCCUGGAAUUCCCAAUGAUGAUCCUGCAUUAUGGGUUUCCAAGGAAGAUGAUCCCGAAAACUGGCAUGUUCAGGUUUUCAGAUCUAUAGAUUCUGGAUCUUUGAAAGGAUUUCCUAAAGAUAUUUAUGUAGCAGAGGCUCAGAAUCUUGUUUGUGCAAAAAACUUGGUUAUAGACAAGAGCAUUCAAACAGCAUACAUCCAAGCAAUCAGAGCUGCACAACAUUUCAUAUAUAUUGAGAAUCAGUAUUUUAUUGGGUCAUCGUAUGCAUGGCCGGCUUACAAAGAUGCAGGUGCUGAUAAUUUAAUCCCAGUGGAAUUGGCAUUAAAGAUUGCCAGUAAGAUAAGAGCCAAACAGAGAUUUUCUGUGUAUAUUGUGAUGCCUAUGUGGCCUGAAGGUCCACCAUCUUCUGUUGCAAUGCAAGAAAUACUUUUUUGGCAGGGACAAACAAUGCAAAUGAUGUAUGAAGUUAUAGCAGAAGAAUUGAAAUUCACGCACGUUGAGAAUGCUCAUCCACAGGACUAUCUAAAUUUUUACUGUCUUGGUAAACGGGAGGAAUUAUCUAAAGAAGAGUCACCCAAUCAUACUUCAAAGAGUGGAGACACAGUUUCAGCCUCACAAAAGUUUCAACGGUUUAUGAUCUAUGUCCAUGCCAAAGGUAUGAUAGUAGACGAUGAGUAUGUGAUAAUAGGUUCGGCCAAUAUCAACCAAAGGUCUAUGGCUGGUUCAAGAGACACUGAGAUAGCCAUGGGUGCAUAUCAACCUUAUCAUACAUGGGGUAACAGAAAACGACAUCCACAUGGCCAGGUGUACGGAUACCGAAUGUCACUAUGGGCAGAGCACUUGGGGCUGGUAGAAGAUGAAUUCAAAGAGCCUGAAAGUUUGGAUUGCGUGAAGCGUGUGAACCAAAUAGCUGAAGCUAAUUGGACAAGUUUCGUAGCAGAGGAGUUUACACCAUUGCAGGGUCACCUGAUUAAAUACCCAGUAGAAGUAGAUUCUAGUGGGAAGGUUGGUCCCUUGCCUGGACGAGAGACUUUCCCUGAUGUGGGUGGUAAGGUGCUUGGAUGCCGUUCCAACUUUCCUGAUGCUCUAACUACAUGAGCUAGCUAGCUCUUCUCAGUUUUGGUCUUUUGGUGAUUUCAUCAGAAUUCACUUCAUCCCCCGAAGGAGUAAUCAAUAUAUAUAUUAGUGACUAAUUUAUAUAUAACCUUAACCUUCUUGUAAUUUGUUACCAUUCAUACAUAGCGGUCAGUUCAAUUGGCUUCACAUUAAUUGUCCGUAGGUGGAAAUUAGGUUCAUUACUCUUUUGAGUUGUAAACUUUUAAUUUCACUGAAAAAAAAAUUGUUCAAUUGUAUUGUUUACUGUCAAAAUUUAUACACAAACGUUCAUUCAUAUAUUUUCA